AAAUGUGGGAUCUUCGCGAAAAAUUCGAAAGAGAUGGAUUUGUGGUAGUUGAAAAUGUAUUUAAUGAUCAGGAGAUUGAUGAGAUGAAAAAAUCGAUUUCAAAAAUUGUAAACGAUAUGGAUUUGGCAGAACAUCCGAAAAGUGUCUUUUCAACUUAUGAUGAGGAUAAACACGCAGCGGACUCCUACUUCCUCAACAGCUCCGACAAAAUCCGAUUCUUUUUCGAAGAGGGAGCUGUGGAUAAGGACGGGGAGCUCACGGUGCCCAAGGACAAGGCUCUCAACAAAAUCGGUCACGGCCUGCACUUUCUGGAUCCAACUUUUGAGAAGAUGACGUUCAACUCGAAAAUUCAAAAUAUCUUCAAGGAAAUUGGAUAUCAGGAGCCCGGCGUCGUGCAGAGCAUGUACAUUUUCAAGCAGCCAAAAAUCGGCGGAGCAGUGACGGACCACGUGGACUCUACGUUCCUUCGAGUGGACCCUAUUGAUCAUCUUACAGGAGUUUGGAUAGCAAUUGAUGAAGCCAGCGUGGAGAAUGGAUGUCUUUCCUUUAUCCCGGGAAGUCACAAAGACACUUCCUCCGCGAACUAUCGAUUCGUGCGAACCCAUGACACGUCGGGAGGUGCUCUUCUUAAAUUCAUUGGCACUCGUCCAACAUACGAUCAAUCCAAAUUCCAGCAUGUCCCCAUUUCCAAAGGAUCCUUGAUUCUUAUCCACGGCCUAGUGGUCCAUAAAAGUGAAGCGAACACAUCGGAAAAGUCACGUCACGCGUACACGAUCCACGUCAUGGAGCGGAAGAACACAAAAUGGAGCGAACAGAAUUGGCUUCAGGAGACCGAAAACUAUAAGUUCCCAGAUUUGUAUAAAGAUUAAUUUUUAAAAGUUUAAUUGAAAUAAAUUUGCAAAAUAAAUUAA